AUGUUUAAGGUUUGCGGAUAUUUUGGCCCAAGUUUUAGGGCUUCAUCAGAACUAAGAAAAAAAUACACUACAAUAAUUGAGAUGACUAGCUGUACCCCCAAGACUACAGACGGCCCUGCGCACUGCCCGCUCCCCGUUGUGAAUGGAUGCCGGUACCUGUUGCGGGGAGCAGUCGCCGGCAAGUCGCGGGUGGAGAGGGUAGCUGUUUCGUUCCCAGCCUCGAGAAGACUGUGAUGAAGGAGAGAAAUGUUUCUUUAUCUUCUGGUCUGCCUAGCAGCGGCGAUGUCUUGCGGGUCCCAGGCUCCGGACGCCAAGUGCCCAAUGCCAGAACUGUUUGUCAUCUCAGUCAGUAAAAAAAUAAUUAUGGGGAACAACUUAAAAAUUUUAUCAAUGGGAUUCAUCUUGAUGUACUGAUUACUGAUGGGAAGGAAGUAGUCUGGAUGCGGGACACAUGGUCCUUUUUGCCAACCCAUGACGGCUACUACCAU